UCGAACUUGAGAUUCGAGUAGAACUUGUUCAAGUUUAGUUGGAAGAUGUCUCGAACGAUCACAGUUGCCACUUGGCUAAUCCUUGGCAUUGGCGUCCUGGAGCCCUGCCAGGCAAAUGUUGUGUUUCACUUUUCGCUGGAUUUCAAUGUGAAGCAGCCCGAAAACUCUGCGGAAACCAUCAAUAAAACCAUCUUGGUGAACCAUAAUCUGGUCUCGAUGCAGGACAAUGAGCCGGGGCCGACCACGGCCUGGUCUGAGCAGGAUCAAUACAAUGAGGUGGCACUGGAGCUCUUAUUGGACACAAAGCGUGUGGUGCAGCAGCUCAACCUGGAGCUGUCGCCACUGGUGGGACGCAGCGAUGAGCUGGCCGCACGCCUCAAGCAGACCCUGCGCUAUGUCAACGGUGUGGAUGCCAGCCUGGAGAAUGGUCAUUUUGGCCAGCAUGUGGAGCAGUUGCGCAACUACCUUACGCUGGUCGAUACCCUGCAACAGCCGAGCAGAACAGGUGGUGUGCGCACCCUGGAAUUCGUACUGCUCAAGUUGGCGCUGGAGAAACACCAGCUGCUGGCCAAGAAUCAAGAGGUCGCCGAGUAUCUGCAGCGGGCGGAUGCGGCUUGGACAAGAUAUAAAAGCACACAGGUUGUCGUGUCAGAGAGCUGAGCCCAAAAAUAUACCUAAAGAUACAAUAGUUCUCUUCGGUGUGCCGAAGUUGAAAUACCCUUGCACAAAUAGAGCGUACGAGCGAUAUACAUAUUUCGUUAAUUCCUAUUGCAUCUCUAUAGUAGACCUCUAUAUAGUCGUCCGAUAUUGUUAAGAAUUUGCUUUUAGGCUUAAGCCGAGUCUGUAGCACCUCUGUAUUCGAUCGAUUUAUUCAGCCGACUUUAGCAUAAGUCCUGUGUGCAGCUAACAUAUAGAACUAGGCUAGUUUUAUAUCUGAAUAACCAGCAAAUAUAUGCCGGAACACACACAUGUGUACAUAUGUAUAUGUAUGUGAAUUUCCUGUUCUAUGGCUCAAACAUUUCUUAGCAAAUAAUAACAGCCUUCUCUGCAAGGGUACGUACAUAUGUACAUAUAGACAUACAUAUAAAUUUAGACUUACUUGAACUGUUGUAAAGCAUCGUGCGUUAGUUCAAUCUAUAGAAUCUAAAGAGCCAAACAAAA